UCCUUCUGUGUAUUUAUACCCGGUCUGUCUGAGUCUGUGUCACGGAGUCCUUGUCUUAUGUGUGAUACUAUUCAUAGUCUCCUCUUGCCGUGUGUUCUUGUUUUGUUUUUCAUGUUUAUUGAAUAUUCUGGUUUUGACCCUGCCUGAACUGUUUACCCUUUUGGAUUGCCCCUCAAUAAACCGCUUACCUGCACUUGGAUCUCUCCUGUGUUUCCUGUAUCGCCGAACGUGACAGAAGGACUCCGUCACCCUGAGAUCCAGCGGUAUGUCGGUUGACGCUUCUUCCCCAGCCACCGAGCGGGAGAGAAGCAAUCAGUUUGAGGGAACCCACCUGGUCGUGUUACGCGGGACCAGGGGAGGUCGCCGAGGAGGAGGUGGGCGAGAGGAAGCUCAGCAUCGCUCUCCACCAUGGCCCCCCUUCGACUCGGGGUUCAUGUGGGAGGGACCAGAGCCGCCGUCUCACCAUGGCAGAAGGAGAAAGCCAGCGCCACUGCCCAUGAUGGCCGCAUCCUAGAUCCUAGAGAUUCCCAAGACGGUUCACGUCAUGGCUGCAAGAUGGCCCAAGAUGGCCGCCAGCCCAGGGCUACAGCACCGGGUGGUCGCCAGCCCAGUACCACAGCACAAGAUGGCCGCUAACCCAGCGCCAAUGCCCAAGCUGGCCACCGAUCCAGCACCACAACCCAAGAUGGCUGCCAGCCCAGUACCACAGCACAAGAUGGCUGUCAGCCCAGCGCCACAGUACAAGAUGGCCGCUAACCCAGCGCCAAUGCCCAAAUUGGCCACCGGUCCAGCGCCACAGCACAAGAUGCUCGCUGGCCCAGCACCACAACACAAGAAGGCUCCCUGCCCAGAGCCGCUGCACAGGAUGACAGUCACAGCUGACCCUCUGGAGUCGAGUCAGGUUCCAGUUGACCCUCCAGAGUCGAGUCAGGUUCCAGUGGACCCUCCAGAGCCGAGUCAGGAUCCAGUGGACCCUCCAGAGUCGAGUCAGGUUCCAGUGGACACUCCAGAGUCGAGUCAGGUUCCAGUGGACCCUCCAGAGUCGAGUCAGGUUCCAGUGGACCCUCCAGAGUCGAGUCAGGUUCCAGUGCACCCUCUGGAGUCAAGUCAGGUUCCAGUUGACCCUCCAGAGUCGAGUCAGGUGUUCAUGCACCCUUCAGAGUCAGGGCUAGUCAACGACGAUCCUCCAGAAUCAGGGUUAGUCACCGCUGACCCUCCAGAGCCAGGGCUAGUCACCGACGAUCCUCCAGAAUCAGGGCUAGUCACCGCUGACCCUCCAGAGCCAGGGCUAGUCACCGAUGACCCUCCAGAGUCAGGGCUAGUCACCGAUGACCCUCCAGAGUCAGGGCUAGUCACCGCUGACUUUCCAGAGUCAGGGCUAGUCACAGCUGACCUUCCAGAGUCAGGGCUAGUCACCGAUGACCUUCCAGAGUCAGGGCUAGUCACCGCUGACCUUCCAGAGUCAGGGCUAGUCACAGCUGACCUUCCAGAGUUAGGGCUAAUCACCGAUGACCUUCCAGAGUCAGGGCUAGUCACCGCUGAUCUUCCAGAGUCAGGGCUAGGUACCAUGGACUUUCCAGAGACAAGGCUUGUCAUUGUUUACCUUUCAGAGUCAAAUCAAGUCACUGGUGAUUUUCAAGGACUGAGUCAAGUCACCGUUGAUCUUCAUGAACAAGUGCCAGUCACCAAUGACCUUCGCGAGCAGAGUCAGGCCAGCACCGAUCUUCUGGAGUCCAGUAAGAACACCAGGGGAUUACCAGAGCUUUGUCGUUCCGCUGGUCUGGCCGCACGGAGGUCUGAUCCGCCCUGGAGGGCUUCCGCCUUGACCACAUGGACGUGGUGGUCUUCUGCUCCGCCCUGGGAGGCUUCUGCCCGGACCACACAGUUGUGGUGGUCUUCUGCUCCGCCCUGGGGGACUCCGGCCUCAACCACAGGGGUGUGGUGGUCUUCUGCUCCGCCCUGGGGGAAUCCGGCAUCGACCACAAGGACGUGGUGGUCUUCUGCUCCACCCCGGGAGGCUUCUGCCCGGACCACACGGUUGUGGUGGUCUUCUGCUCCGCCCUGGGGGAAUCCGGCAUCGACCACAAUGACGUGGUGGUCUUCUGCUCCACCCCGGGAGGCUUCUGCCCGGACCACACGGUUGUGGUGGUCUUCUGCUCCGCCCUGGGGGACUCCGGCAUCGACCACAGGGACGUGGUGGUCAUCUGCUCCACCCUGGGGGACUCUGACGUCGACCACAAGGAUGUGGUGGUCUUCCGCUCCGCCCUGGGGGACUCUGGCAUCGACCACAAGGACGUGGUGGUCUUCUACUCCACCCUGGGGGGCUUCCGCCCUGACCACACAGUUUUGGUGGUCUUCUGCUCUGCCCUGGGGGACUCCAGUCUCCACCUCACGGACGUGGUGGUCUUCUGCUCCGACCUGGAGGGGCUUCAUGUUGUUGUUUGUUUUUUGUUUUGUGUGUUCACUCCUGUCCCUGUUCCCCUCUGUUAGCCUCCCCCUGAACCUCCUCCGGUCCUCCUCCCUCCUGGUCUCCCUGUUUUGUGUUUACAUUCUGGUGCCUGUUCCCCAUGUUUUUCUUUUCUGUAAGUGUACAGGGACAGGUCAUUCUGAGUCAUGGUUGUAAUGUCAGUGCCGGUGUUGUGAUCCUUCUCGGGCCUAAAUAUAAAGGAUUACCAUUAAGUGUUUUUGAAUUAGUUCCGGGUCGAAUGUGUGUUGAUGUUACUAUUCACGGCUCUAACUUUUCACUUUUAAAUAUUUAUGCUGCCAAUAACGGUUCAGAAUGAACAAAUUUUUUCAGAAAAUAGUUGCUCUUAGUGACAUUUCUCAAGAUAGGAUGAUUGUUUUUACUGGGGAUUUUAAUUGUACCAUAGAUCACACAUUAGAUAGGAACCAUGAGGAGCCCCACAGUCAAUCUGCAGAUGUACUUAAAACAUUGAUAAAUUAUCAUAACCUUGUGGAUACUUAGAGACUUUCCCCCAAACUAAACUGUAUACUUGGGUUUAAGUUAAUUCUGAUAUGGUAUAUGGAGCCAGGCUUGAUAUAAUUUAUGUGCAGAAAAAUGUCAGAGCUAAAUUUUUUAAUGGUUGUAUUUCUCCUACUCCCUUAUCUGAUCCCUUUUAUAUGUCUGUUGAGGUUGCCACUGCACAUAGCACUACUAAGUACUUUAUUUAGAAAUUUAGUAGCAAACUUUUACAAGUUCAAUAUUUUGUGAACUCUUUUACACUUUUUUAGGAGAGCAAGUUUUUUUUGGCAAGGUGCAAGUUAAACUUUUUUGUCAGAAUUAUACUGCCUUCAAUAAAAGCAUUCAAGGGAGUAAGAUGAGACAGUUUGAACAGGACUUUCUUCACAUUGAUGUUGAGGAAGAUGGUGCUGUUGCCGCUGAAAUGUUG